UCAAGCUCGUCGCCGCUCAAGCUCUGUCGCGCUCUGUCAUAGUUCGUAAGCUCGCCUUCCUGCUUCGGCCAUCAACGCUUCCUCGGCCCUGAGUCUGGGUUUAGGGUUUCAGCUUCGGCCCGGGUCUUCCAUCAACACUUGCUUCGUCUCUCUGCCUAUUGAAGUGAAGCUUGCUCUCUCUCUCAAUCUCACAUCCUCACUCAGCCUCCGCAGAGCCGCAGAGGCACUCUCUCUCUCACACUCACGAUUCCGGCUCCUCUGCCUCCUCGUUGCCUCAGCCUCCUCGUCGCUGCAUCGUCGUCUCGCCUCAGCUUGAUUUCUCUCCUCUCGCCGGCCGCGUCACCGUGCCGCACGCGUCUUCCUCUGCAUCACCGCGCUACACGCGUCUUCCUCAGUGUCACCGUGUUGCUCGCGUCUUCCGGCUGUGCUUACACUGUUCCGCCGGCCGUAUCUCGGUUCUCUGUCUCCCUCUUCUCUGCGUGCGAUCAAGUUGCAAUGGUUAUCUUUUGCUGAUUUUGACAAUCUCUACCUCGUGCCUCUUCUGGCUUUGGUUCUGUGAUCGGAAUACUGUGACAUUUUAUUGGAACACCGAGCUUUGAUUCUGUUUCUGGACUUCUGCAGAGCUGCAGAAAGAACACAAAGGUUUCACAGAUUCAGAACACCAAAAAUUUCCAUAAAAUAAAAAUAAAUCAUUUUUAAUCAACCUUUAGUUUUGAUCGAAUCUGUGAUGCAACUUUUCUUGCAUCAUCAAUGGGUUACCAAUGCGUUCAGUGUAGCUUCCCAAUUAAAUCACUCUACGUUCAGUAUUCCCCCGGCAACAUUCGAUUGAUGAAAUGCGAGAAAUGCAAGGCUGUUGCAGAUGAAUAUAUAGAGUGUGAAAUCAUGGUUUCUGAUAUAUCCCUUUAUACUACUGGUUUCGAAGUUCAAAUCUUUAUUCCUUCUUUUUUAGUCUUUUAUAUGAUAGGAGCAAGGAUUGCCCUGUUUUUCUUCCCCUUCGUUUUUAUCUAUUUAUUUGAUUUUUUUUUUCAGAUUCUUAUGAUAGAUUUGAUGCUUCACAAGCAAAAGGCUUAUAGACAUCUUCUGUACAAUGUCCUCAAUCAACAAACAUUGAAGUUUGAGGGGCUACACUGGAAAUUGGCCAUUAUUUAUUUUAUUUUCGAUGCUUGUAUUCAUUUGUAUGUAGAAGCAAGGAACUCAUCUUCAUUAGUGUCAACAUGUUGCAAGGUGUUCAUGUAUGUCGUCUUUGGAAACUUCAUGUUUCUUCUGACUUUCUUCAUUAUGUUUAAGAUAUUUCUCAAUGCAUCAAUCAACAUCUCCAGAUUCAAUGACCUUUUGCUCACAAUCAUGAUAUCGUGUUACUUCAAGAUUUUUCUUAUUGCUAUGAUGGUCUGGGAAUUUCCGAAUUCUGUCAUCUUCAUCAUAGAAUUAUUUUGUUUAUCAUCUAAUGCUGUGGCAUUGAAUGAUGGAUGCAGUGCAUAACAAUGGUGGCGAGGGAAAAAAAUUUGAAGAAAAUGGGCGCUGUGAUGAGGCGGUGGCGGAGGACACUUUAAAUGAUACUAUGGAGCGAAACAGAGGGUCAAAUGUGUUCGGAUUUUGGAGAUGUUGAGGAUUUGACUGUUGAAGAUAUUAUGCAAAAGACCUUUAGAACUGAUGAUGAUGUGUAUGAGUUCUACAAAAACUCUAGUAGGUAUCAUGGUUUUGGUGUCCGAAAAGGAGACUCAAAAAAGGAUGACGAUAGAAAUGUUAGGAGGAGGAUGUUUUUUUUGUAAUAAUGAGGGUUUGAGAGAUCCCAAGCACUAUAAUAGAUUGGAUAGGAGGCGGGUACAUAAACCUGAGACGAGAACAAAUUGCAAGGCGAAGUUUUCCAUUCACCUAGAUAAGAAUGCUUCCGUAUGGCGAGUAAGAAAGAUCAACAACAACCACAACCAUGAACUGACUCCCCAUGUAAUGGUGCACCUAAUCCCAAAGUAUAGGUCAUUGACUGAAGGUGCGAAAGCGCAAAUAGAUGGAUUGCGUGAGUGCGGGAUAUCGACGGCAAAAACAAUGCGAUAUAUGGCAGGAUUGGUAGGUGGGUAUUCAUUGGUAGGAUUUCUAAAGGACGCGUACAAUUAUAUUGACAAGCAAAGGUGUGAGCAAUUGUUGAUGGAGAUGUUGAAUUUGCGAUACCCUAUCUAGAAGGAAAGGCAGAGGCUGAUCCUAUGCUGAUGGCACUGUAUAAUUUGACCGAGGACAGAAUGCUUGCAAAUAUGUUUUGGGCCGAUGGGGGAAGUAGGUUGGACUACCAAUAUUUUGGAGAUGUUCUGGCUUUUGACUUGACUUACAAAAAA